AUUGACAGGCAGCGCGGACAGGGUUGGGCUUGCGGAUAAUAGCCACAAGCCAGCCAGUGGGCAGUGUAGCAGUAUGGAAGAGGUCGGUCCCUUUUAAUAGGUGCAUUUGGAUCUGCUGUCUUCAUUCUACUACGUACGUGCUGCUACUUGUGUGCUUUUUCUUUCGCGAAUGCGGGCAUCUCGUGUGAUCGUAAACCCUGUGUGGAGUCAGGAAGCAAAACCACGACAAAUCCAGUUCUGCGAGUGUAAUUUGCAACAAAGGAACCUUAAUUUCUUUUUUAAAGUAUGGAGGAAACGCUUGUGUUUUAAGAACACCGCGCGACAGUCGUCACCUGGGAGACUUGCUGCUGUUCAAAACUGGGACUUUUUAUCUCUCGCUUUCAAACGAGGAUUAAUAACUGAGUUGAAAUACGGGGAAGGUGGGGGAGUUUAAUAGAUGAGUUUGAACGAGCACUCGAUGCAGGCUUUGUCCUGGAGAAAGCUGUAUCUAAGCAGAGCCAAACUCAAAGCCUCCAGCAGAACGUCCGCUUUAUUGUCGGGUUUCGCCAUGGUAGCCAUGGUGGAAGUGCAACUUGAGACAAACCGUGACAUAUACCCACAAGGUCUCCUGAUAGCCUUCAGUGCCUGCACUACUGUGCUAGUUGCAGUACACCUUUUUGCUCUCAUGAUAAGUACUUGUAUUCUCCCACAUAUAGAGGCUGUAAGCAAUGUUCACAAUCUAAAUUCUGUUCAUGAGUCACCUCAUGAGCGUAUGCACAGGCAUAUUGAACUUGCAUGGGCUUUCUCUACAGUCAUUGGCACCUUGCUUUUUCUCGCAGAGGUUGUACUACUCUGUUGGGUUAAAUUUCUUCCAUUAAAUCAUCCUGUGGUUAAAAAUGAACAAAAUAAUGCAUCAAUAACAUCUGGACAAGCUGCAGCUAUUACAUCCACAACUAUUAUGGUACCAUUUGGAAUAAUUUUUAUUAUAUUUGCAGUUCACUUCUAUCGGUCAUUGGUAAGCCACAAAACAGAGAGAGUUGAAAGAGAAUUGGACGUUCUUGCACAACUGCAGGAUCAGCUGGACCGAGGAGAGACACACACUGCACCAUACUAGUUCUCAUUUUGGAUAAGACUGACUGUAAACUGUGGGGAAAUAGCUUUUGUAUUGUACAGUUUACAGCACUCGGUGCACCGAGUGACUUAACUGAAGUACAAAGAACAAUCUAACUAUCUAUUAAUACUAUUGGAUAUUUUGGGACAAUGACCAGUACAGUUUUUUUGCUCGAGAUUUAAAUUCGUGCCAUAAAAUGGCAAAGUGCAUGUAUUUACUUUGGAUUUGUACAGGAUUUAAUUGGAUUGUUUAAGUUUUCAUCAUUAAAGAGAUUGUUCUACACAG